AUGACCAAAACGGCGGUCCCACGAAAACGCUUUCUGUGGCACCCUGCCGACAUCGACACCUACUACUCGGAUGACUAUUUUUCUGACGAAGAGCGUGAUUUCAAAUAUGGCCGACCCCGACCCACCCCCAUGGCAUCUCUCCUUAAUCUCAACCUGAACGAGUAUGAGCUCAUUCGCUUCUACAAUAACGAAUCCACGCCACUGUUGGUGGCUGCCACAGGCAAAAACGAAGAUGCCCAGGGGCUCUGGAUGGCGAAUGUCACGAAACUAGCAUCCAGUAAUAACGCUCUGAAGGAAAUUUGUAUGGCCUUCGCCACUAUGCAUAUGGGACACAAUCGAAAGAAGUCUAUCUACAUUCUCAAGGACGGAAGGGAGCACCCAAAGACAGCAGGCCCUCUAACAGACCUGACAAGAGUGGCGGGAUACACACGAUUGGAAGAAGAGGUGCUGGAGCAGAUGUUCAUCAGACUCACAAAUGCAGUCAAGGCCCAUCAGCUGCAAAUAGUUAACAUGACACUGGAGUCAUACGAGUCGGUGUUGCUCUCAAGCGUGCUCAUUUACCUGCAUGCCAUGAGCAUGGGUCCAUUUGUGCCUCUCUUCAGCUUUGAUGGCGGAGUCGACCUGUUCAGUCUAGGACGAACCAUCCACGAUCUCACAUUUAUCUACAGUGAUAAAAUCGAGCCUUCGAAUCCGUUCAACUACAGCUUUGGUGAGGACUCGGAAAACGACCGCGAGAAACUGCCACGGGAAGAAGAUAUGUGGGCAAUAAUCGAUUUUGUGGACACAGAUGUGGAGCUGAGUGUGGCAGAGAAGCGAAGGAUCAAACGGUCACUGACAGCUGAGCUCAAUAACCUAAUCAUGCUCUUUCAUAUGGACCGCGAGGCUCUGUCUGUGUCCCACAUCUCAGCAUGGUGCACGUUUUGGACCCCGAGCUUCUUUAGGCUGCUACGCGAGGAGCACAACACAUAUGCGCUGUUGUUUGUGUGUUAUUGGUGUGGAUAUGCACACAUGUGGCAUAUUCUGUUCUGGUGGGGUGAUCGGAUCCAAGAGGACUUAUUGAAUUUGAAGGAUCACCUGCCAGAACGUGUACAUCAUUUCCUAGAGUGGCCACUCCAGAGUUGCACUCGGUUCGACAUCAACUAUGUCGACUUGCUAAACGGCAAGAUGCGGCAGUUGUACAUCUAG